CCUAAUAUAUGGAGCCUUCAACUUCAGAAGGAGACAGAGACAGAGGAAGGAAAGUGUGAUUUUGGAGGAACCUUCAACGAAACUUCUUCUGACAUGGAUUUGAACUUUAAUAGAUUAUUAUUAUUAUUAUUAUUAUUAUGAAUGAGGAUGAUGAAGUUUUAAGUUCUUAACGAUCCUCUGUCAUUUCUUAGAAUUCGGAGCUUUCCAAUCAUGGCCGACUGUUCUAUCCACCUGCUCAAAUCUCUUCCAAUAUGGCUUCUUUUUCUACUCUCUAUUGCAUCUUUAUUCUUUAUCAAAUUCAUCAUAAACAUUUUCCAUUGGGUUUACGUCAAUUUCCUCCGCGCCCCAAAGAAUCUCAGCAAUUACGGUUCAUGGGCUCUAAUCACCGGCCCUACAGACGGUAUAGGGAAGGCAUUCUCCUUCCAGUUAGCUCAACAAGGCCUCAAUUUGAUCCUCGUCGGUCGAAAUCCUGAUAAGCUUAAGGAUGUUUCCGAAUCAAUCCAGUCCAAAUUCGGGAAAGCCCAGAUCAAGACUGUCGUCGUUGAUCUCACCGGCGACUUGAACGAAGGUGUUAAUCGAAUCCGACAAGUCAUUGAAGGUCUUGACGUGGGUAUUCUGGUGAAUGUCGCCGGUGUUGGGUAUCCUAGCGCCAAAUAUUUCCAUGAUGUCGACGAUAAGCUGAUUGCAGAUUUGAUCAAAGUUAACGUUGAGGCAACAACUAAAGUGACUCAAGCUGUUCUUCCGGGAAUGAUUCAGAGAAAAAGAGGCGCUAUUAUCAGUAUUGGCUCCGGUGCCGCCAAUCUCAUCCCUUCUUACCCUCUUUAUUCCGUCUACGCCGCCACAAAAACUUAUGUUGAUCAGUUCUCAAGAUGCCUUUAUGUAGAAUACAAAAAGAGUGGGAUCGAUGUGCAAUGUCAGGUACCACUGUGGGUGGCCACUAAGAUGACGAGAAUAAGAAAUGAGUCUUUCUUGGUUGCAUCUCCAGAAACCUAUGCCCGCGCUGCAACUCGCUGGAUAGGUUACGAACCAAGAUGCACACCUUACUGGCCACAUUCCCUCGUUCGGACUGUCUUAUCCAUUUUCCCCGAAUCUCUUGUGGAUAUCUGCAUUCUGAAAUACUCUCUUGCAAUUCGGAAGAAAUCGCAGCAAAAGGAUGUCAGCAAGAAAGAGUAGAACCAAAAAGAACUUCAAUUGCCUUAGCUUUCAUAUGAUAUUGAGAAAGCUAUAAACAUAUCUGAAAGAAAGCUAUAAACAUAUCCUAAAGACACCAAAAUGUUGAGUAUGUGUUAUACAAUAAGUUUUUAUUUAAGC